AUGGCUCUGUAUGCAAUUUUACGGCUACUUGUCAGCAUUGGCCAAUUUAUAAUAUAUUUAAAAGCUUGUUUCAGAUUUACUGCAUUUUCUGAUGAUGCCCCAAAAGCUUUUAUCUGUUUGCACAUUAUGUACUUUGACAAGUGUGCACACGCUAGCAAAAAAAGGCUUGUGAGCUUUUUGCACUAUAGCAGAGAUUGCAGUCAAAUCGAAAUUAGCCUUUACACUGUAAUAUAUAAAUGCUGGCCCAUUGAGAGACAUAGGACCCGUCAGAAAGAAAGAAUGUUGAAGUUGAUAUUCUGUUUAUUUGCAGGUACAGUUGUGAUGGAUAAACACCUUAAUGUAAAAACAGUUGUCAAUAAAACUAUUGUUGAAGAAACUUUUGGAUUUUCUAAAUUGAAAAUUCUUUGUGGUAAAGAUAAUAUGUAUGCAACAGUGCAGGAGUAUGGUUGCAUAUUUGAGUUUGAUUACUCUAAAGUCUAUUGGAACUCUCGGUUGCAUAAUGAACAUAAAAGAAUUGUGGAAAUGCUAAAUCCAAACGAUGUUGUCUUUGACGUUUUUGCUGGAGUUGGACCAUUCUCUAUUCCAGCAGCUAAAAAGAAAUGUGUGGUUUAUGCUAACGAUUUGAACGAAUUUUCUUAUGCUGAACUAAACAAUGUCUGUGAGAAUUUUACAUGUUUUAAUAUGGAUGGCCGUGAUUUUUUAAAUGAAAUUGUAUGCAAGGAAAUUUGCUCCAUUAGUCACAAUAUUACAAAGCACAUUGUAAUGAACCUGCCUGCUUUAGCUCCUAGUUUUCUUGACAUAUUUAAGAAGAAAUAUGAUAACUUUGACAUACCAUUAACCCAAUGUAACAAAGUUUUUGUGCAUUGUUAUUGUUUCUGUAAAAGUAAAACUCCACAAGAAGACGCUGAAGUAUUAGUUUCAGAAUCUAUUGGUCUUGACAUUUCCACUAAUGCUAAAACCCACCUGGUGAGAAAAGUUUCACCGAAUGAAGUAAUGAUGUGUGUUUCAUUUAAAUUAUACUGGUUUGAGUCAAAAUGCAUGUGCGAGGAGGGUGAAACCUUGGUGACACGAAAAAGACCAGGGGAAGGUGAUUUUUAUCCUGUCAUUGUGGAAAAGUCUAGACGUUCAGAUGAAUAA